AUGAAGAGGAGGAGGCAGAGGAAGAAAUAAAUGAAACAGUUUCUGCAACCACAUGUUGCUGGGUUUGACUGAGCCACGGCUGGCUGCUGCAGCAGCAUCUACCCUCUCCCCUCCUUGCAUUGUGCGUCUGCAUGUGUAGUUCCUGCCACCUGUGGCAGCACUCCUAUUCCCUCUACGCCACCAAAAGCGAACAAAAAGAAAAAAAAAACAGCAAUUGGAGAGGAGAGCAAAGCAGAGGCUGGACGAGGGGAGGAUAUCUUUCAUGAUAAGUGGACUUCUGACAGAGACAGAUCCACGCUGCACUUGACACAAAUGAAAGCAGAAUCCUAAAGCCAGCAGGAUGCCUGGACUCAUUAACAAGGAGAGCCAGUGUGCUCUGCCCCUCAGUGUGUCUGACAUCACCUGCUGUGUCAGGGGUUAUACUCUGGCUCUGACGGCCUCUAUGACCUACGAGAAUAUUGAGGAUCACGCAAUUGAGGGUAUCUUCAUAUAUCCACUGGAAGAAAAUUCCAUUGUUGUUGGGUUUGAGGCUAUGAUAUCCAGUCAAAUUAUAACCCUGCAAAUAAAAGGCAAGGCAAAACUUGAUGAUUGUUAUCAGGACAUCUGCCACACCGCUAACGGGGGUCUCCAGAGCGGCACCGCUACAGGGAACAUACUGGUGGAUGAGGACUUUGAGAGGACUGUGCUAGUGGUUAACCUUGGAAUUAUCCCCCCAAUGGAAACGGUGCACAUCCUGGUCAGCACGUCAUCUGAGCUCACCACUUUGCCCAGCGGCGGGAUCAGGGUCUCAUCCCCACCGGUUUGCACUCCUCGGGUACAAAGGACCAUCAACGAGGAGCAGGGAUUGUCGCCGAACUUCUCCCGAACUCGUGAAAGACCCACUUGUGCCUCAAGUCCUCACGAUCAGAAUCCAAACGCCUCUCCACUGUGGCUGGCAGCGCUGCUGGAGGACGAGGCCAUAAACUCCAUGGACUAUGAAUUUAACUUCCAGCUGGAGAUUCGAGCUCCAUACCUUCUAGCAGGAGUGGAGAGCCCUUCUCACGCCAUCCGAGCUGAUGCAGACCCUCUGGCUCGCUCAGCAACCAGCGUCGUCAUCACACUGGCUGACAAGUACACUUACGACUGCCCUGUCGAAAUACUCAUCUACCCCAGCGAGCCCCAUGUGCCGCACGUUCUUCUCGAGAAUGGAGACAUGACGCAGGAGGAGUACGACGAGUAUCUUCACAGUCGGAGUGAUUUCAUCAAAGCAACCAAGAAGGACUCCAGCAAUCAGAGGAAAGUAGAUGUCAUUCACAGACGGCUGCAUAAGGACAUCCUCCACAACCCCGUGGUCAUGUUGAACUUUUGUCCCGACCUCAAAUCCAUCUGCUCAGACCUGAGGAAAGUUCACGGUGAAUUCAUCUUCCUUAUUGACCGAAGCGGCAGCAUGAGCGGACUCAACAUCCAUCGUGUGAAGGAUGCCAUGGUGGUUAUCCUGAAGAGUUUGGUGCCUGGCUGCCUUUUCAACAUCGUUGGAUUUGGAUCCAUGUUCAAAUCUCUCUUCACAACCAGCCAGAACUACGAGGAGGAGGCCCUGGCGCAGGCUUGUGAUUACAUCAGGAAGAUGAGAGCCGACAUGGGGGGCACCAACAUGCUGGCGCCGCUCACCUGGAUUGUGAGGCAGCCCACGUUCAGCGGUCACCCCAGGCUGCUUUUUCUGCUCACAGAUGGAGCCGUCAGCAACACAGGCAAGGUUAUUGAGCUGGUCCGCAGCCACGCACGAUAUAUCAGAUGUUUCACAUUCGGCAUUGGACAAAAUGCGUGCCGGAGGCUGGUGCAGGGGUUGGCGGCUGUUUCCAAAGGAACAGCUGAAUUCCUGGCUGAUGGAGAGAGGCUGCAGCCCAAGAUGAUAAAGUCGCUGAAGAAAACCAUGUCCCCGGUACUCAGUGACAUUUCCAUCGAAUGGCUCUUUCCUGAAACCAAAGAGGUGCUGCUCUCCCCUGUUGGCAACACCUUCCUCUUUCCAGGAGACAGUCUGAUUGGCUACAGUGUGGUGUGCGACACUACCCGUUACCAUGACAACCCCAAAUCUGAUAAAAGGAGGCGAUACAGCAUGAUGCGCUCCAUUGAGUCAGCCAGCUCGGUGUUUUACCACUCACAAGAGGAGGAGGCGGGGAAGACGGGAGUGGACAGUCAGGGGUCCCACCGGGAAGCACCCUGUGGCACGCUGCAUGACUCCUACCAGGACGCCAUGGCAGAGAGUGGCCUUGUCAUCACAGAGCCAGACCUCACAGAUGACACAUCACCAAGGAGACGUGCAUACAGCACAAACCAGCUCAUGGACUACAACCCAGCAAAGAAAUCAUUCACUCCCAGUGACCCCAACUCUGUGGUGCCCAAGAAUCCCCUGAGGAGGAGCAAAGUCCAGGACCUGACAGGCCAGAUGAGCCCCGAGCAGGAAAUGCACUGGAAGAACGACUGCCAGCCACAGCUGGCUGGUCUGGGCGCCCCGUCCUUCAGAGGACGACCUGGCACCAGUCACAAGCCGCCUCCGCAGCAGGAGGAUGACUCUGAGCUUCAUCCCCAACCCCAGCCACAGGAUGGCCCUCUGCCAAGCGACAGCACCGGGGUGCCUGUGGCUCGCAACCCUGCUGGCGAUGAUGGGUCCAGAUCGUCCACAGACAGCCCCUCCGUUGGCAGCAUUGGAGACACAGAUGGAUAUGGCCACCAGAUGUGUCAAGCAGAAACCCCUCAAGAGACCCACAUGUCACAUCUGGGGACCACCAGCCAUCACAAAGGAGACUGCAAAGCAGUGGUGUCGGGAUUGCUGUGUGGGCAACCCAUGAAGUGGGAGGUGGUCUUUGACAUCGAGCCGUUUCUAAGUGGCCGGGAACGUGAGGAAAAGGUUCACGAGGAGCUGUGGAACGAGACGUUUCACCACCUGGCCGGGAGCUCCAUCAUACACGACUUUGAGCACAUGGCCGAUAAAGAGUCCGAGAUAGAACAAGGUUCUGGCAGGAAGUACCAGGUUUACGUUAUUCACACUAGCAAAGCCUGCAAUAUACUGAGCAAAUACACAGCAUUUGUUCCCAUUGACCUGGACACCAAUGAGUAUUUGCCAACAUGUGUUGAAUGCAUUAAUGCUGGUGCAAGACUGAAGAGGGGCUCCAGGUCUCGAUCAGGGAGCAGGAAGAACAGAGGGUACUCCAUCGGGCUCGGGCGUUCUCAGUCCGGCGGCAUGUCAGAGGAAGCCGAAGACGUCCUCCUGCCUUACAAUGCAGAGGACGGCGUCUCUCCAUGCAGCACCCCCUCCUCCGCCGGCUGGGACAAAUGCAGCUUCACAGAGGUCGCCCCACAAAGGAGUCCGUCUGUUACUUCAGACCAAUCACAGAAAUCGGUGGAGAGUCUUUUUUCUGCCAGGCUGGCCCUCAGCAGGACUCGCCUCCUGACCCGAGCUGCAAAAGGAUUCAUGUGUCGAACGCACAGCAAGUCUGGCGAUUCAAUCGGAGAAAGUGAAAACGAGAACAAAGACUACAUUCCCCUGUUGUUGUUGCAGUUGGCGAGCGGCGCAUUUCCCCUGGACUCAGCUCUCUGUGAAGCCAUUAACGUGCCGAUGGACAAGCUGAAGUGGACGUCGCCUUUCGCCAGCCACCGCUCCAGCCUGGGCCACCUGUCUCACUCCGGCAGCCGGCGCACUGACAGCACCGACGACGGGUCCAGAUCGCCAUUUGAGCCAGACCCUUAUCAGCCGGCAGCAGAUCACUCUGCUGGCACCAACAGUCCCUCCUAUCCAUCCAGAAACGCCUGGCCGGACGCGGGCCAGUCCACCGCCUUUGAACCCCAGUUUUUCUCAGGGGGCUCAGAAACGGCGUCACCUGGCAGCGUGAUGAAGAGGAUGCAGGAUCCGGAGAGCAUGGUAUGGGCAACGGCCGUCGCUCUGGCCUGGCUGGAGCACAGCUCUGCCAGUUAUUUCACAGAAUGGGAGCUGGUGGCGGCCAAAGCCAGCAUGUGGCUGAAUGCGCAGGACAUCCCAGAGGGGAAAGAUUUAGCCUCCAUCAAGGCUGCUGCCAAUCAGCUCUUCAUCAUCCUCAGACACUGGGAUGAAAACCUGCAGCUGAACAUGCUCUGCUACAACCCCGGCUCGGUCUGAGGCCUUAAACAGACUCCAUAACAGAUGAUACUAUGCUAACCAAGGCUGUACCACCACAGUGACGUUGCAAAAGUAUUCAUAUCCCUUAAACUUUUCUUUUUUAUUUCACAACAGCCUUAGUUGUUUUAUCUUACCAUCUUGCAUGACAGACCAACACAAAAUUCUGCUUUGUUCUGAAGAGGAAGGAAAAUGCUACAUGACUUUCAAAUUUGUUAUGAUAAAAAAAUCUGAAAAGUGAAAUCUGUAUUAGUGUUCAGCCCCCUUUACUCUGAUACUUCCAAGUAAAAUUCAGUCCAACAAAUUACAAAGUAUUAGUAAAUACAGCCCAACUUUGUGUCAUUUCAGUAAAAAUCCAAAAUAUGUCACAGGUUUGUGAGAGUAGCAAGAGGAAAAUUACUCAGAUGCAACUCUGGAGGAGCUGCAGAGAUCCAGGUGGGAGAAACAUCUGAUAGGACUUACACAAAUCUGGCCUUUACGGAAACGAAGCGAGAAGAUUGUACAUUCUGAAAGAAAGCUAUAAUUAAUAUUUAAACGCAACAAACACAAAGAAUAGGAGCCCAACAUUGAAAGUUAUGGCUGACUUUCAGUAUAGUGUGUUGGAAAACUAGGACUACACAUCGGCCUGAAUAAUCCCCAAAAUUGCAGUCAGUGAUUUUAGAUAAAAGCAAAUGGAUGGAUCAGUAUGGCCUAGUCAAAGUCCAGACCAGUUUUCUGCAACCUCUACAUUCCAAAGAACCUUUUUUACCCUCAGUCAAGACAAAACGUAAUUAAAAAUGGAAAAGGCAAUUUAUAAUUUCUGGUAUCUACUAUAUGAAAAGUGUUAUUUUUAAAUAACCAUCUUUUUAUGUCUGUUUUUUUAAUUUUAAAAUAAAGAAAGCAUAACACUUUUGCAAGAAAGAGGUUGCAUACAUUUCAUUGUCUUCUAUGGGAUGUUGAGAUUUCCAGAAAAUAUAAGUCACACAUUUACCAACUUAAUGACAAGAAAACAUAUUUUAAAAGUAAUUUUAGUGUCAUUUUGUUUUGGAAAUUCAAUGAAAGUGUUCCAUGAAAUAAACUAUCUUUAGUUAUUAAGAGUGAUGCAGAACCCUUUUCUAGACCCAAAUCAAACUGAGAAUCUGUUCCAAAACUUGGAAAUUGUUGUUCAGUUUCUCUCUGUUCAGUCUGACUGAACUGAGUUAUCCUGCAAAGGUUUGCCAGCAGUAACAGCAUUAUAAUCGGAUUCUCCAAAGUAUUAACUCAGGGGUACUAAAUAAAAAUGCUGUUUAUCCCCCAAUUAGGUGCCUUCCAAUGGUAAUGAAUUGUAUUUAGGGGAACAGAGUUGAAGUGUAUGGCUUGCCUUUCAGAUUUUUGCU